ACUCGUAGAGCGUCUCUCUCUCUCUCCUGCACACCACCUUGGAGGUGCAAGUCUGUCCCGCGCCAGCACCUACUUCAUCUCGGCAUAGGUCUUGGCUGUGACCAACUGCUACAGUCAUGGCACCCAAAAAGAACAAGACUGCUAAGAAGAAUAAAGCAGAUAUAAAUGAGAUGACAAUCAUGGUGGAAGACAGUCCAAUCAAUAAAAUCAAUGGGUUAAACACUCUUCUGGAAGGUGGCAAUGGCUUUAGUUGUAUCUCUACGGAGGUCACUGACCCAGGCUAUGCCCCUAACCUCCUGGAAGGCCUUAGUAACAUGAGACAAGAUAGUUUCCUGUGUGAUCUGACAAUAGCAACCAAGACCAAGUCUUUCGACGUCCACAAAGUUGUAAUGGCCUCCUGCAGUGAAUACAUCCACAAUAUUCUCAAAAAAGACCCAGGCCUUCAAAAAAUUGACCUCAGCGAUGUCUCCCCAGUUGGCCUGGCAACAGCUAUCACAUAUGCUUACUCCGGAAAGCUGACCUUGUCACUCUACACCAUUGGCAGCACAAUUUCAGCAGCCAUGCUUUUACAGAUCAACACCCUGGUCAAGAUGUGCAGUGACUUCCUAAUGCGAGAGAUCAGUGUGGAAAAUUGUAUGUAUGUAGUCAACAUUGCUGACACGUACAACCUUAAAGAAACGAAGGACGCAGCUCAGAAGUUCAUGCGUGAGAACUUCAUUGAGUUCUCAGAGAUGGAACAGUUCCUGAAGCUCACCUAUGAGCAGAUUAGUGACUUCCUAACAGAUGACUCUCUGCAGCUACCCUCUGAGCUCACUGCCUUCCAGAUUGCCAUCAAGUGGUUGGACUUUGAUGAUAAGAGACUGAAAUAUGCCCCUGACCUGCUGACGCACAUUCGCUUUGGCACCAUCUCAGCCCAGGACCUGGUCAGCCAUGUGCAGAGUGUUCCCAGGAUGAUGCAAGAUGCAGAAUGUCACCGUUUAUUGGUGGAUGCCAUGAAUUACCAUCUGCUGCCAUACCAACAGAACAUCCUGCAGUCCAGAAGAACCAAAGUCCGUGGUGGCCAAAGAGUGUUGCUUACCGUGGGUGGACGACCAGCUUUGACUGAAAAGUCCCUCAGCCGGGAUAUUCUCUACAGAGAUGAAGACAACAUUUGGAACAGGCUGACUGAAAUGCCUGCAAAGAGCUUCAACCAGUGUGUAGCUGUCUUGGAUGGCUUCCUCUAUGUGGCUGGUGGUGAAGACCAGAAUGAUGCCAGGAACCAAGCUAAACAUGCUGUGAGCAAUUUCUGCAGGUAUGACCCCAGAUUCAACACAUGGAUCCAUCUCAGUUGCAUGAUUCAAAAGCGUACACAUUUCAGCCUGAACACCUUUAACGGCCUGCUGUUUGCCAUUGGAGGACGUAACUCAGAUGGCUGCCAGGCCUCUGUAGAGUGCUAUGUUCCAUCCUCCAACCAAUGGCAGAUGAAGGCCCCCAUGGAAGUUCCAAGAUGCUGCCAUGCUAGCACAGUCAUUGAUGGUAAAAUUUUGGUAACCGGUGGUUAUAUCAACAAUGCCUAUUCCAGAGCUGUGUGUUCUUACGACCCAUCGACAGAUAGCUGGCAAGAUAAAAACAGUCUGAGCACGCCAAGAGGCUGGCACUGUUCUACCACUGUUGGUGAUCGGGCUUAUGUUCUUGGUGGCAGUCAGCUCGGUGGUCGGGGGGAAAGAGUGGAUGUCCUUACUGUGGAAUGUUUCAACCCUCAUUCUGGUCAGUGGAGCUAUGUCUCCCCCUUGCACACUGGAGUGAGUACAGCAGGGGCUGCCACACUAAAUAACAAGAUUUAUGUCUUGGGUGGCUGGAAUGAGGUGGAGAAGAAGUACAAGAAAUGCACUCAAGUGUAUAACCCUGACCUUAAUGAAUGGACUGAGGAUGAUGAGCUGCCUGAAGCAACAGUUGGCAUCUCAUGCUGUGUCAUCACCAUCCCCACCCGCAAAACACGAGAGUCAAGGGCCAGUUCAGCAUCAUCUGCUCCAGUCAGCAUAUAGGUAAUAUUUAUAAGGGAGUUGGAAAAAGUAUUUAAAUUGAAAAUGCUGAAUUAGAUAACAAAUCACAAACCUCUAACUUUCCUCUCAGCUGUGACAAACACUGAUGCCAACCACGUAAGCCCAGAAUUGUUACCAUCAAAUUUAAUAAUUAUCACAGAGGUUUAAAUGUUGUAAUGUCAGAUUUAAUCAGCCUUCACAAGAGAGAAGGCAUGUAUGUGUUAAAGUCAUAUCAGCUUAAUAAUUAAUAUCACCAAUGUUGUGAACAAUUUGUUAUUAAAUAUAAUACUUUUAAAUUUGGGGGGGGAAUGUACUUUUAAUGUGCUUAAUUGAGAAGUAAUGAAUUGAGAAGUUAAAACAUUGUUUAGAGGUUGUGAAGUGGUCGGUUGGGGGCGAGGUUGUUCCAGUGGAAGACCAUUUCUAAAUGUCAAAUCAAAAACAUAAAUCAUUAUGCUUUCAAGUGGGGCCAAUUUUUAUCAAAUUGUUUCAUCAGCGCUUCUCAGUAACACAUAGCAGAGGCUGGGUGCAUACUCAAACAUGUUGAAUCUGGUCUUUUUAAAGUCACAAAAUAACUUCCAGAACAAAGAUUGGCAUUUACUCAGAAGUAUGGAAAUAUCAUGCAAUUCAUGAAAAAUAUGCUCACCAUAUUAUUCCAUAAAACAUGAAGUGCACUGUGAGAGAAAAUGGAAUAUUUCUACUUGCCUAGAUUUACCAAUCAGGAUUACGUGUUUUAGAAACAGUUUGAUCUAUUUUCUCAUUCAACACUCUAUCAGAAGUGUAGAAGAUGGCUCCUGAGGACACUUCAGCAUAAGGUUGACAAAACCACCUUCAAAGACAGAAAAUGUUAGAAGAGCCAUGAUAGAAGUGUGAGGACAUGAAAGGUUCCACAAGGAUGGUAUGUUUUGUAAACUGACUGAAUAGAUACUGGAACCAAAGCUUUGUGCCUGGUCUGUUUUGGUUAGUUGGAUAAUAAAUUCCAAUAAGUUCCUGACAGCUCAUGACUUUAAAUGUUCUUAGAAACUGAGUAAUGUGACAAUGCACACAUAAUGUGUUAUAUUUUUUUAAAAAUGUGACAGAUUUUAGAAGAGAAACAUUUGUUUUUAUUCUGAUUUACCAUACAUGUUGUCCAAGCUCUACAUAUUUAUUAAAGGUUCCUAUAAAUUCC